AUGUUCCAGUACAUCCGGGUGUCGUACGACUCGAAGGCGGACUCGCUGCUGCACCUGAUGGUGAAGGACUGGGAGCUGGAGCUCCCCACCCUCCUCAUCUCCGUUCACGGGGGCCUGCAGAACUUCGAGCUGCCCCCAAAACUGAAACAGGUUUUUGGGAAAGGCCUGAUCAAAGCGGCGGUGACCACUGGAGCUUGGAUCUUCACCGGGGGGGUCAGCACGGGAGUGAUCCGUCACGUGGGGGAUGCUCUCAAAGACCACUCGUCAAAGUCCAGAGGGAAGGUCUGCGCCAUCGGCAUCGCCCCGUGGGGAAUCAUCGAGAACAAGGAGGACCUCAUCGGGAGAGACGUGACCCGGCCCUAUACGACCAUGUCCAACCCGCUCAGCAAGCUGUCGGUUCUGAACAGUAGCCACUCCCACUUCCUCCUGGCUGACAACGGGACGCACGGGAAGUACGGCGCCGAGGUGCGCCUCCGCCGGCAGCUGGAGAAACACAUCGCUCUGCAGAAGAUCAACACUCAAUCGAGUGACAGUGAGUCGUCAAUAGACUCGGUGCACUUUCAAGAAGAGGAGGAUUUUAUUGAAGAGGAUGCUGGUGUGGAGUCUAACGUGGUGGAACCAUACCAGUUUGAGCCACAGUAUUAA